AACUUUUACCGUAGAGCGUAGACCGUAACGAAAGGCAUCCCUAUGUUAAGUUUCUUUGUGUUCUUUAGUUCGUUGUGCUGUGUCUUUUACUUUCGUGCCGGUGUAAGUUCGAGAUUGUCGUUAGAAACUGCUCGCGCCCUUACUACUACAACAAAUACUUUUAUAAUAAUCAUGAUAAAGAAAUGGUGCACUUAGUAUGGCUGUCGGGCUGGCUGCCAUUUCCCAUUCAGCGCCAAAAUAAGGUUUGGCGUUGCUCCUGAGUGUUCAAAUUGACCAAACGUAACCUAUAUAGGCACGUGUUUACCCUAUACAUCCUUACGGAUAUGGAAAAAAACAUCGUCGUAGAAAAAAAAGCAUUUUAACUGUCAACUUUGUACAAGAAUUAGGCUCCACUGAUCGCAGCACGCGGGACCAAGACGUCAGGUUAGUGAAGAUGGGUGACUGCGGCGGCUUCGAUAGUGGUGGGGGCUGCGGUAGUGGUAGCAGUUCCUGCGACAACAGUGGAGGUUUCAGUAGCAGUUCCUGCGACAACAGUGGAGGUUUCAGUAGCAGUUCCUGCGACAACAGUGGAGGUUUCAGUAGCAGUUCCUGGGACAACAGUGGAGGUUUCAGUAGCAGUUCACACAAUGAUGGAUGGGACUUCAGCAGUGCGGGCACAGUAGGACACCGUUACCACACUAGUAGAGGAGGAGGAGGAGGUGGAAUGUAUAAGGGGAAAAAGAAGUCCAACGAUAUUACCAACAAAAAGAAAAAAGAUGAAUGUUGUGUUCUGUAAAUAAUUAGCUCGUGUCAUCGAGACCAAACUCACGAUGCUAUGAAGACGUUAUCAUUAUUAUUAUUGCCAUUCUCAUCAUCAUUCUCACAUGCAGUCCCCAUCUGAACAUUGGAUAUUCUUUAUCCUGAACUAUCAUAUUUAUCCCCGUUUUAUCUUAUAGUCAUGGUCAUUUGACGUUUGUAAACUCUCAGGUGCAAAUUUACACGUAAACUGUUUGGAAAACUUACCGGUCUUUUAGUUUCAUGGAUUAUAAUGUCAUUCAAUAUUGAAUUAUAUGUUUUGUUGUUAGUCAUUGACUUAUUUACUUGGUACAUCAUUGAAAGUAGAGGAGAA